AUGUCAAAGGUUGCAAAAAACCGCAAAACUUACUAUGCCUCUAAGUUCAGAAAACUACUACACACCAAAUUGAACUCAUCGAAAAGCCCCGAUUUGGGAGGCGAGUUUCUGCUAAAUCGAGACAACAGUGAUUUAAUGGUUCAUCUACUUUACAUUUCAUUCAUUAAUGAUCUCAUGACCAAAUCCAGAAAGAACAGCACAGGUCCUGGAGACGAGGGAGAAAUCACGGAGCAAAGGAUAGAAGGUGUGACACAGGAGGUGUUGGAAAAGUACAAGGUGUGA